AUGGGUAAAGUACGUACUAUAAGGGAAGCCUUUGAGCCGUUCUUGUUUAUGAAUGAGUAUGUCAUUGAUAACGGAACUGACAGAGCAUACGUCAUUGAUAAUGGAUCUAACCGAACAUACGUCAUUGAUAAUGGAUCUAACCGAACAUACGUCAUUGAUAAUGGAUCUAACCGAACAUAUGUCAUUGAUAAUGGAUCUAACCGAACAUACGUCAUUGAUAAUGGAUCUAACCGAACAUACGUCAUUGAUAAUGGAUCUAACCGAACAUACGUCAUUGAUAAUGGAUCUAACCGAACAUACGUCAUUGAUAAUGGAACUGACAGAACAUACGUCAUUGAUAAUGGAACUGACAGAACAUAUGUCAUUGAAACAUACGUCAUUGAUAAUGGAACUGACAGAACAUACGUCAUUGAUAAUGGAACUAACCGAACAUAUGUCAUUGAUAAUGGAACUGACAGAACAUAUGUCAUUGAUAAUGGAAAUGACAGAACAUAUGUCAUUGAUAAUGGAACUAACCGAACAUAUGUCAUUGAUAACGGAAUUGACAGAACAUAUGUCAUUGAUAACGGAACUGACAGAACAUACGUCAUUGAUAACGGUGCUGACAGAACAUACGUCAUUGAUAACGGUGCUGACAGAACAUACGUCAUUGAUAAUGGAACUUACCGAACAUACGUCAUUGAUAACGGAAUUGACAGAACAUAUGUCAUUGAUAAUGGAACUGACAGAACAUAUGUCAUUGAAAAUGGAACGAACCGAACAUAUGUCAUUGAUAACGGAAAUGACAGAACAUAUGUCAUUGAUAACGGUGCUGACACAGUAUACGUCAUUGAUAACGGAACUGGCAGAACAAACGUCAUUGAUAAUGGAACUGACAGAACAUACGUCAUUGAUAACGGAACUGACAGAGCAUACGUCAUUGAUAAUGGAACUAACCGAACAUACGUCAUUGAUAACGGAACUGACAGAACAUAUGUCAUUGAUAACGAAAAUGACAGAACAUACGUCAUUGAUAACGGAACUGACAGAACAUUUGUCAUUGAUAAUGGAACUAACCGAACAUAUGUCAUUGAUAACGGAAUUGACAGAACAUACGUCAUUGAUAAUGAGAAUGACAGAACAUACGUCAUUGAUAACGGAGCUGACAGAACAUACGUCAUUGAUAACGGUGCUAACAGAACAUACGUCAUUGAUAAUGGAACUAACCGAACAUACGUCAUUGAUAACGGAAAUGACAGAACAUACGUCAUUGAUAACGGUGCUGACAGAACAUACGUCAUUGAUAAUGGAACUAACCGAACAUACGUCAUUGAUAACGGAAAUGACAGAACAUACGUCAUUGAUAAUGGAACUAACCGAACAUACGUCAUUAAUAACGGAACUGACAGAGUAUACGUCAUUGAUAUUGGAACUGGCAGAACAUACGUCAUUGAUAAUGGAACUCACAGAACAUACGUCAUUGAAAACGGAAAUGACAGAACAUACGUCAUUGAUAACGGUGCUGACAGAACAUACGUCAUUGAUAACGGAAAUGACAGAACAUACGUCAUUGAUAACGGUGCUGACAGAACAUACGUCAUUGAUAACGGAACUGGCAGAACAUACGUCAUUGUUUUUUUUUCAGUUAUUUACCAAUGUUUCCAGAAUUCCACUUAA